AUGCCGCCGGAUGAAACCGAGGCUGACGUUAUCGGCUCUCCGUCAAAAGAAUGGGAAGCGAGUUUGAGGGGAAGGGUUGAAAGCGACUGGAGACCCAAAUUCUCGACAAACCACAGGAACAGAAACAAGAAAUGGAGCAGGGGCGCAGGGCUGCGGGGUCGAGCAUCAAUAAACGAGAGAUAG